CUCAACCAAAAUCAAAGCUCUUACCCUCGCCUCCAAGCGAACAAAGAGAAACCCCAUCAUCAACACGAACCCGAACUCUCGAAGAAGGUCUCCGUCCAUGGACUGGCAAUGGGAGCGCUCCUCCUCCGACCUCCUCCAGAACUGCGACCUCCCUCCUCCCCUCAAGCUCUUCUCUCCCUUCGACGUCAAAGACGACGUCGACAAAACCAAAACCCGCAAGGACGCAGAGGCAGCGCCAGCGAACCAGAAUGAGAACUCAAGCCUGUUGAGGGCCCUCCAACUCUCGCAAUCAAGAGCAAGGGAAGCAGAGAAGAAGGCCGCGGACGCGAGCGAAGAUAACAAGAAAAUGGCCGCGUUGGUGCUGGAGGAAUCGUUGAGGCUCUCGGCUCACCGGCGAUGGAUGAGGAUCCUUGAGGAGGAGAUUUUGCUGAUGCAGAAGGGCCGAAAACCUCGGUCGGGGUUUUGCGAAGAGGCCGAGAGGGAGGGCGGAGAGGACGCGGUGUUGGCUUGGUGCUUGACGCUGGCGAUUUGCGUCGGGAUCGGUGUUGUGUUCGGUCGAUACAUGUUUUGAUUGGACCCCCUAAAUUAAAUUGACGGUAAUGAUAUUUUGUAAAUAUAUACCUGGGUGAAACAAAACAAAUUUUUCUACGCAGUUAAAUGAGGCUCGUUUUGGCGUUUUGAGGAAUUGGUUUUACUUUUUAUGAUCGGUUGGUAUUUUAAGCGAUUUUUUUUUUAAAUGACUUUUGAGUUUUUAUGGUAAUUUUGUUUUCCCCUCUUCACCAUGAAAGGGAGCAUUUCAAAUUGUUACUGUUAGGUAGGAUGAUGCUUUCCUUUUGUAAGUUAGAC